UUGUUAGUGAGGGCACUUACCGCGGGUAGACUCUGCACCUUUCCCCACGUUGUCCCUGGCGUACGCCCGGAUUCGUUGAUCUGACACAUUCUUCCCAAUAAUGACCCUCAUCAGUCCAUUAGUCAUCUACAUGGUCCUUGACGCUUCUUCAUUCAUUUCAAUUCUUCAGCAAGAAGUCUUGUGUCAUCAACGACUGCUCAUACUGGAACUUUGAAGCAAGAAGCUCGGCAAAAUGUGUCAGUCUCGCAAGAGCGAGCGAAAUCCCUACUAAAUCGUUUGGUUGUAGCUCGAUGGCGUGAUAGACGGGCCAAUUUGCACAUUUCACCCCUUCCUCUUUUGUCAGCACCCUCUUUGGUGGUAUGCUACAAGGAUGUUACCAACUCCGUCAGAAAAAUCCUCGCCCGCCGGGCCCUACAGACCUACGGUCAUCCUCCAUGGGGGAGCAGGAGGCAUCUCCAGAGCCGGACUUCCUCCUGCUCUGUACGCUCGGUAUCAUGCGUCUCUUCUGAAGUACCUGACUGAGACGCGAGAUUUGCUCGAUGCUGGAGCUUCUGCGCUCGAUGCAGCUUGUUAUGCGGCUACUAGAUUCGAGGAUGACCCUCUGUUCAAUUGUGGUCGGGGCGCCGUGUUCACAGAACAAGGCACGAUCGAAAUGGAAGCAAGCGUAAUGGUCUGUUCACUCGAACCUGCUGGUCCAGCCUUAGGCAGUAUCAAGAGGGGUGCGGCAGUCAGUCUGAUACGAAAUACGAGACAUCCCAUCCUUCUCGCGAAGGAAGUCUUGGUGGCUGCGGACGACGAUGGAGGACUUGGAGGAACGAGCAGCAUGCAUUCCCACUUGAGUGGUCCGGAUGUCGAGGCUUGGGGUUGGAAGGAGAAAGCCCUCGAAAAGAAACCAGACCGGUGGUUCUGGACGCGGAAGCGGUGGGAAGAACAUCGGCGUGGGCUUCAACUUCCGAGCACUUAUACCUACGACGACCUGUUGGCUUCGGUUGACCCCCUAUCUACCACCAAAGAUCCGGAUGAGGAAACAGGUCUCCAUGACCUCCCCAGCCAAGGCACUGUCGGUGCUGUUUGUUUGGACUCUUGGGGGAACCUGGCCGUAGCGACUUCAACCGGUGGAUUGACUAACAAGAAAGCAGGGAGAAUUGGCGACACGCCGACCAUCGGAUCCGGUUUCUGGGCAGAAAGCUGGGAGGAAGACCUCUCUAAGGAGACUUUUCAGCCCACACGUCAGCUCCGUUACCUUGGAGUGAACCAUUCCCCUAUCCCACUCGUCGAACAUGCCUUGAACGAAGCUAGCAAUAUCCUUGGAUCCUGUUUGAAUGUGUUCGAACCGCAACCAAGACGCCAGCGCCUGGAAGCCUCUCCGUCAUACACUGCGUUGCCAAGUCGACCUUAUCAAUCUCCUCAGCCGAUCCGUCAUGACACCAAGUCAAUCUCUGGCAAACGGCGCCGCGCCGUGGCCAUGAGCGGCACAGGAAAUGGAGAUUCCUUUCUGCGCGUCAACGCAGCGCGGACAGCGGCCGCCUUGUGCCGCUUUUCCAAGUCUACCUCACUGGCGGACGCUGUUACUGCUGUCGCCGGCCCCGACGGCGAGUUGCAACUAUCUGCCGGAGAUCGAUGGGGAUGUACAGGUGAGGGCCAAGGUGGUAUCAUUGGCAUUGAAUUAGUGGAUGAUGAUGGUCAUUGGGUACCUCAUGGCAAUGAAACGCAAGCCGCAAAGAAGGUUGGCCAUGCAGUCUUUGACUUCAAUUGUGGCGGGUUGUUCCGUGCAUAUUAUGAGAUAGAAAGGGAUGUCGGUGAGGAGAAGCCGAAGGUGAUGGUGUUUAAGGAUGAGUACUAAAAGCACUGGAGAUGCUGUCCUGGCUUGACUUGAGGACAUGUCUGGAUACCGUAUGACAAAGAUGGAAUGUAUAUAUAUGAUGCAUUCCGACUUAGAGGUAAAUCUCCACGAAGAUCAUGCUCGCGGAUUCGAAUGCUAUCAAGUACAAUCCUAGAUGACUUCUGAUAUGCAAAGAUUGACAGGGCACAUCUGGGGCUUCCUGUUACUCAGGAUCAUUGCAGGUCAUAACAAGUUUGUAUCUCGAAGGAACUCCGAACAUGGAGUGCCAGAUCUUCUACCACUCAUAGCUUCCGCUGCCCGGGGUU